AUGAGUACACAUCCAUACCGCCAGAAGGCGCCUUCAUCGGCUCCGUACCCCGUAGAGGGCGAUUUCGCCACUACCGGAAGUGUGGCCAGUAACGGCCUUUCUCACCACAAUAGUGGUUCCAUUCUCCAGUCGCCAAAGCUCCACAAUUUGAGCAGUAUCACCAACAAUACUAGCAACACCAGCAGCAUCCAUGGAAAAUCUCCCAUUCCUGCCAGUGUCGCAACUCCAUACCCCCAGUACGACUCGCUGACUCCUCCUCCUGUAUUCGCAUCCAACACUGCUGUAGUUUCACCUCCAUCCAAUCCGCUUUCAGCUACUUCGUCUGUCACCAACUUCAACUUGAACCAGCAGACACCAAACGUCGAUCUGAUGUUCUCCAAGUCGGAAAACAACUUGCCUAUGCCACAGCAAAAGUAUGGCCACAGCCGUUCAGUAUCGUCUACUUCAUCUUUCUUCUACGACAGAGACAACGCGUCGAUGGUCGAUUUCAGCCAGAACAUAAUCCAGCUGUACCUCGGCUCAAACUCGACGCAUCUCAUGCCGCGAAUCAAAACAAUUGAGUUAUACCGAAAAAACGCCAAAAAGUCCAACGACCCUACCGUUUUGUUCCAGUACGCUCAAUACAUGCUUCAAACAGCCCUUUUGUUGGAUGCAGAACCUUCUAAUUUAGGUGGCUCCUCUAGUCAGGGCAACACUCCCUCGCAGUCGAUAGAAAACCUGCCUAGGAAAGAGCUCUUCAACAAGAACCUGAAUGGCCUGUCUCUUUCGAUCUCAAAGACUCACAAGAAGUCGAAAUCGGAUACUCUUGAUCUCGGUACCGAGUUGGGGGACGGUUCUACCGUAGACGACAAGCGUUUAAAGCGUGCUCUCUUAAAGGAAGCCGUUCACUACUUGAAAAAGUUGUCGGACAAAGGUUAUGUAGAUGCUCAGUACUUGUUGGCUGACGCGUACAGUUCUGGUGCUUUGGACAGGGUUGAGAAUAGAGAAGCAUUUGUGUUGUUCCAAGCAGCUGCUAAACAUGGCCAUAUCGAGUCGGCUUACAGAACCUCCUACUGUUAUGAAGAGGGUUUAGGAACAGGCAGAGACUCCAGAAAGUCCAUCGAGUACUUGAAGAUGGCAGCCUCUAAAAACCACCCGGCAUCCAUGUACAAGUUGGGUAUCUACUCGUUCUACGGCAGAAUGGGUAUGCCCAACCAUAUCAACACCAAGAAGCUGGGUAUUAAAUGGUUGGAAAGAGCAUCUAAUGUAGCAAACGAGCUUGUAGCUGCGGCUCCGUUUGAAUUGGGUAAGAUCUACUACAACGGGUUCCAGGACAUUGUCAUUGCUGACAAGAAGUAUGCCUUGGAAUUGUACUCGCAGGCUGCAGCUUUGGGCCAUGUACAAUCUGCUGCUCUAUUGGGUCAGUUCUACGAAGUUGGAGAAAUUGUCCCACAAGACAAUAACUUGUCUAUUCACUACUAUACACAAGCUGCAUUGGGCGGCGACCCUGAAUCUAUGUUGGCUAUGUGUGCCUGGUACCUUAUUGGCAGCGAUCCUUUUUUGCCUAAAGAUGAGAAUGAAGCCUUUGAGUGGGCCAAGAGAGCAGCCGUCUGCAACUUGCCAAAGGCACAAUUCGCAUUGGCUAACUUCUACGAAAAGGGCAUUGGUUGCAUCAAGGACGAUGAAGAGGCACAGACUUGGUACAAGCGUGCAGCAGAAGGUGGUGAGGAGAAGUCGCUAGAAAGGAUUUCAGAUCAGGCUGCGGCUACGAAGUUGCGCCGACAAAUCGGCAAGAAAAGGUCAGGUACUGUGGGCAUAGCCAAAGGCAGUGCUGCGCAAGAGAAGGAUUGUGUCAUCAUGUAGAGCUACAAAUCUAACAGUAUGCUGACAAGCUGCAUAAACAGCGACCUAACUAGCUAACCGAGGCUAAAAUUACCAUUGGCAUAUUGCAGGAGUUACAUUAUUGCAAGUGCCAAUCUGGAACGGGAUCAAAAUUUUAUACACUACAACGUGUUUUACCAUCAUCGAGAGCUUGACUUCGAAAGCUAGGUUUUCAUUCGGGGGAUUAAUAAAUUCACUAAUUUCAUAUAUGGAUCAGGCAUAUACAGUUUCAUUCACUUGCCAAAGAACAAGGGAUAGCAAUCCUUGGUAGAUUGUGAAACAUACUGCACACUCAGAGCGGUGCCUGGAGAAACAGGAAUGAGACACGUCUACCAAACGGAACAAAAAUAGAUAAAAGCUUGUUUGAUUUUGCAAAAUCUGGAUUCUCGUACUUCUCACCAGUCAGUAACCGAAUUGUGUCUGUCUGAUAUUCAUAUACUCAUCUUCUUAGUUAAUAUAUUUAUUUUGUUGC